UGUCUGGAAAACAUACAAGUUGGUAUCUCAGCAAAGGCUACUCAUGUAUUCUUGUUCUUAUGAGUAAAUCAUUGUCAGUGAGAGUGAUUUUUUUUUCUGAAGGGAUAAAUACACGCCCUCUAUUAGGGUCAGGUUUUGUGCCUGUAAUUCUUCCGCCUACUGUAUUAUAGGAGCUUAGAAUCCCAGCUGCUGGCUCUGGGCUGAAGUUCCCUGAUGGCUCCUGCAGGGUGGACUGGCCCCCUUUCCGUAUGUGUGCUUUUGCUGCUAACCUAUGGCUUUGCCCAUGCAGGCAAGCUGCUGGUAGUGCCCAUGGAUGGGAGCCACUGGUUCACCAUGCAGUCGGUGGUGGAGAAACUCAUCCUCAGGGGGCAUGAGGUGGUCGUAGUCAGGCCAGAGGUGAGUUGGCAACUGGGAAGAAACCUGAAUUGCACAGUGAAGACUUACUCAACCUCAUACUCUCUGGAGGAUCAGGACCGACAGUUCAUGGCAUUUGCCAAUGAUCAAUGGAAAGGGCAAAUACAAAGUAUAUUUUCUCUCUUAGUGAGUCCAUACGGUGGCAUUUUUGACUUAUUUUUUUCACACUGUAAGAGUUUGUUUAAGGACAAAAAACUAGUAGAAUACUUAAAGGAGACUUCUUUUGAUGCAGUGUUUCUGGAUCCUUUUGAUACCUGUGGCUUAAUUGUUGCCAAAUAUUUCUCCCUUCCCUCUGUGGUCUUUACCAGGGGAAUAUUUUGCCAUUAUCUUGAAGAAGGUGCACAGUGCCCUGCUCCUCUUUCCUAUGUCCCCAGAGGUCUCUUAGGGUUCUCAGAUGCCAUGACUUUCAAGGAGAGAGUACGGAACCACAUCAUGCACUUGGAGGAGCAUUUAUUUUGCCACCAUUUUUUCAAAACUGCCCUAGAAGUAGCCUCUGAAAUUCUUCAAACACCUGUCACGGCAUAUGAUCUCUACAGCCACACAUCAAUUUGGCUGUUGCGAACGGACUUUGUUUUGGACGAUCCCAGACCUGUGAUGCCCAACAUGGUCUUCACUGGUGGUAUCAACUGCAAACAGGGAAAGCCAUUGCCUAUGAUGUUCAGGGUGUGUCUGGGAAAAGCAUGCGGUUGGUUACAUCUUGCUGGGAAAGAGGAUUCAGAGUCUGUGUCUCAUCUGCCUGAUGAGAAGGAAGUAUUACUCGAUGAUAGAGUAUGUGAUUGUACAUGUAUGUGUUUGUAUAUGUGCCGGUGUGUUUGUGUGCAGUGUCCCAGACCCUACAUAGGGGAUGUUCUUGAAGGUUUCCUAUAACAAAAUCUCCUUGAG